AUGGCUGCCACCUCUGCGAAGCCAACUCUGCCGGCCCUCAAGACGCCCGUGUCGGCCACGUACCCGUCGGAGCUGCGCAGCCCGCAGGUUGCCACGCCGUCGAUUGUCAAGCGCGAGGAGGGCGAGAAGACGCCCAUCACGCCGCCCGCCGCCUACGUCGAUUUCCUCAAGGCCCUCUCGCCUGCCCUCAUGAGCCCCAUGCCCACCGGCACCAGCACCAAAUUCACCUUCGAGGAGAGACCGCCGACGUCACGGACGUCGUCAGCCUCGUCGGCAACCACCUUCACUUCGACCUCGUCUGCUGCCGACAAGCCCGCCUCGCCCGCCUCAUCCAGCGGCUCGCCGCCGCCUGACGAGACCAAAGCCGCCGACGCUGCGAAGACGGCGGCAACCGAGAUGCGCGUCACCAUCCCCCCACCAUCGCCUUUCGUUCGGCCCAUGUCUGCGCGGACCCCACGCCUGCUCAUCCCGCAGAGUCCCUUCUCUCCCGCCCUGCGCACCCCUCUGAGCGCGCGCUCGCUGCACUCGCCCUACAGCGCAACCAUGAGCCCUGGCGCGUGGAGCCUGGACGCCAAGACCAAAGACACGCGCGCAGUCAGCGUGCGCCAGGUCGUCACUCGCACCGUCACCUACACCCGCACCCCGGUCGAUGCUGGACAUGUCGCCCCUCUGGACCCUGCGCCCAAGGGCAAGCGGAGACGAAUCAAGUAG